AUGACUGAAUCGAGCUAUUGGUUUCGCUUAUCCUCUCUCCAUAACAAGAAGAUUCUGCAGAGUGGGUUAUUGUUCGUUUGGAUAUGUGGGGCUUUCUUGAUUGGUGUAUCCUUCUACGGCACUCAAAAGCUGCCUUCUGUUCUGAAAGAUGAGAUCACUACAAAGAAACUAGGUCCCUUUGCUGCUGAUUUUGUCGAUAUAAGUUUCCCCAAGACCACUCUAUUUACUGCUCCUAAGCCUUUUGUGGGGUUGAUUGGGGAGACACAGGCUCUUGCAGUAAGGUCAUGGCUUGGAUUGUCCAAAAAUAUAAAUGUUGCUCUGUUCAGCCAAGACCCAUCUGUUCUGUCCUUUGCCGAUUCAUUUGGUUCGCGGGUCGCAGUCGAGAACAACAUCGAUUUCACGUUCCUGGGUACCCCGUUUUUCCAUUCAAUGGUUGCGAGAUCGCUGGCAUCAUCAUCGGAAAUAUCUGUCUUGAUUGAUCCCGAGACCAUUCUCUUGUCGAACUUUUUAACCACCUUGAAGUAUGCUCACAAGCUUGAUGAAGAUUGGCUCCUUGUAGCUUCAUCACGAAACAUUUCCAGUUUCCACUUUCAAUUAGAUCCUGAUGGGAAACGUCGAUUGGCAGAUGAUGGUGGACCUCUCAGAACACAAAUGUUGCAGGAAUUUCUUUCUCGUAAACCUUUUGGUUACCCAUGUCAAGACAGGAUGCUUAUUGCAUGGAACAAUGGAGAUACGCCUAUUCACAAGGGCAUCCUUCCCCCCUUUUUGUACGGAAAGGGACUUCACAACCAUUGGAUCUUAACUGAAGCCUUGAUCUCUGACUAUCGCCUCGUAAUUGAUGCGACUUUGACCAUUUCUAGUUUCUACAUAAAUGGUGCGGACCAAAAUGAUCAUGUCGAAUCCGAAUUCACGAGUUGGGAAAAUCUUGGAAAUUCCCUUCUAGGAAGGCUUUACGGGUCGUUUUCUUUCCGGCGUGCCAACUAUUCUAACUUGUUCAAAUCUUUCAACUGUGGCCGCAACUUUCUGCUCGUCAACACUUACCAAAACACCGUGUAUCCUCUGGGCAGGGGCACUGCCUCUUUAUCCUUUAAACAAAAGAAUGUACUCGACUGUGUUGAUGCCUUGGAAUCUCUUCAAGGGCUCGAAGGGUGCUCUUUAGAAGAGGCUUCAGGAGUGCCGUUAGCAGUUUCGCCUCCGUUUUCCUUAGAAUCUCUACUGUCGAUGCAGGCUGACGAGAACAAAACGAUUGUACUUGGAGUUGCCGGAUAUAGUUACAAGGAUAUGCUCAUGAGCUGGGUCUGCAGGCUACGCCACCUUAGAGUAUUCAAUUUUUUGGUUUGUGCACUUGAUGAUGAUAUUUACAAUUUCUCGAUCUUGCAGGGUGUGCCAGUUGUCCAGUGCGCAUAUCGUCCAACAGACAUCAGCUUUGAUGACUGCCAUUUUGGAACGGUGUGCUUCCAGAAAGUAACUAAAGUUAAAUCGAGAGUGGUUCUGCAAAUACUAAAGCUUGGGUAUAAUGUGCUACUGAGUGAUGUGGAUGUGUAUUGGUUCAAGAAUCCAUUGAGCUAUCUUAGUUCCUUUGGUCCCGCAGUUCUCGUGGCACAGUCGGAUGAAUACAAUUUGACAGGGCCAAUAAACUUACCUCGACGACUAAACUCUGGUUUCUACUAUGCACAUUCGGACAACACAACUAUAGCCGCACUGGAUAGGGUGGUGCAGCACGCGGCAGAUUCAAACCUAUCCGAACAACCGAGCUUCUACGACACAUUAUGCGGAGAGAGUGGGUCUUACAGGUUAGGCGACGACCGAUGCCUGGAACCAAAGACAGGUUUGGUUGUUCACUUCUUGAAUAGAAAUCUGUUCCCGAACGGAGCAUACUUAGAUUUGUGGGAGAAGAAAGACACGAGGAAAGCAUGUAUGGAAAUCGGCUGUCUCGUUAUCCAUAACAAUUGGAUUAGCGGACGACAAAAGAAGCUUCAAAGGCAAGUGUUAUCCGGGCUAUGGGAUUACGAUAUCAACACGAGAAUGUGUUUUCAACCAUGGCAUCAAAUUAAAGUCAUGACCUAUUUUUGA